AUGUCAAUAACGGCCAUUGCCAUUGCACCGCCUCAUCGCCGACCACGACCCAGGGCAUCGCCGACCAUAGCACAGCAUGCGUUGCCCAACAACAAUUCUGUAAAACGGUCAUACGGUGACCUGGAAAAUCUCAGUCAUCGUCGGACUUCCUUUACCGUCUGGCCAAGCAGGCCAUGGACCCUCCUCAGCCCUAUGACUGCAAGCCGGAGCCCAAAGGCGAGAGACCGAAAAACACGAGUUUCUUUCGGAACAGCAGAUGCGAUGCUCAAGAACCCAGCAACAACAUACCAUCACAACGUGGAGCCAAAUACGUCGCUGAAGAAAUACGCUGCCAAGUAA